ACUGUACCAGUUUGUUAGUAUGCCCAUCCUGGAGGGAUCUCCACAAGAACAUCAGCAACAGACGGAUGAGAGCAGCCCUACGUUAUGUAGACUACCGAGUCGAGGAGGGCAGUCUCAAGUUGCUAGUGGUCAAAGUACUGGCAGUGUGACUUCGCGCCAUACGGGGCGAUUCACGAUCGAAGACGCUGAAGAUUUGUCAUUUAGCGCAUUACCAGGAGGUAGUGUCUCUAUUCGUCGGAAAGAAACUAUGGACGAAUUGGACAUCGAUCCCGUACCAGAGUUUGCCUGCCCCUGGCAGUCGAGCUCUUCCUGUUGUGAUAUGCCAACAACCUCGGAGAAUGUUCUACGGGAUGCUUCCCCAAAGAAGAUCGACGAGAGUCGUUCGGCAAAUGGCGAUUUCGACAGAGCCCAGCUGACUGUGAAGGUGCCGAGACGGAUAGGAAGGUUCGACGUCGUCGAGGCUACUCCCCGAGCUGGACCUGCUCGCAUGAGUUCGGGCUCAGCUCGGAACUGUCCGUCGUUAGCGCCUCUUAAUACGUUGCAGAUCUUGCAGACGCUGGAGGAGUUGAACCAGCAGGUUCGGACUUUAUGUGAUCGUAACACUGCUUUAGAGGAGGAGAAUGCACUAUUGCGGAGCCGUUGUGCGAAGUUUAUCGAACAGUUGCACGAGUUGGGAGCGUCUUCAGUGGAUUUACAAUCACCUGAAUGUCGAGUCGCCAUCACGCGCAGUGACACGCCUACUGAGACUUCAUAUUCUUACAAGUGGUGAUGACCUAAUGUUCAAUGGCAGUUUUCCAGCAGAUCCGAGAGGAGCAAUUCAGCCUUUCGAGUGACCUGCACACUCAGCAUUUCAAUUGUCUGAAUAUCCGAUUAGAUGACAGAUGCUAUUCUAUUUAAUUUGGCA